AGAGAGAGAGAGAGAGGAGUCCGUGAAAGAAAGAGUGUGCGUGAGAGAGAGAGAGAGAGAGUGAAAAAGAGGCAGGCAGGGAAUUGGGGGGUCGUGUCGGCUUCGACCAAGCAAAGACCUUAUCAACGAUUUCGUCCAUCGAAUUUCGAUCUACUGAGACCCUUUCUUCCUUUCUUUCCUUCUUCUGUCUGAAACCCUAGCGACUUGCUGCUGUUUGGAAACUGGAGACCGGAGGUCAACUGAUUCAAGAAAUACAUAACAGAUUUGAAUUCAGGGCUCUAGAUCUUACUGCUGUUUUGAGGAUUAUUUGUGUUGUUCUCUUAUGGCAUUUAUGGCUUCAAAUCAGACACCUGGUGGAAACCAACCAGCAGGGCCGACAAAUGAUGACUUGUACAAGGAAUUGUGGCAUGCUUGUGCUGGUCCCCUUGUCACUCUUCCCCGUGAAGGAGAACGAGUUUAUUAUUUUCCUCAGGGGCAUAUGGAACAGCUUGAGGCAUCUAUGCAUCAAGGAGCAGAGCAACAAAUGCCUUCCUUCAACCUGCCAUCUAAAAUUUUAUGCAAAGUGGUCAAUGUUCUUCUUCGGGCUGAACCUGAGACUGAUGAAGUAUAUGCACAGAUAACUUUGCUUCCAGAAACAGAUCAAAGUGAGUUGAGUAGUCCGGAUGAUCCUCUGCCGGAACCUUCAAGAUGCACUGUCCAUUCCUUUUGUAAAACACUCACUGCAUCUGACACCAGUACCCAUGGCGGAUUUUCUGUGCUUCGGAGGCAUGCAGAUGAAUGUUUGCCACCCUUGGACAUGUCUCAGCAGCCACCAUGGCAGGAAUUGGUUGCAACUGAUUUGCAUGGGAAUGAAUGGCAUUUUAGGCAUAUUUUCCGAGGGCAACCUAGGCGCCACUUACUGACUACUGGGUGGAGUGUCUUUGUCAGUUCCAAGAAGUUAGUUGCUGGUGACGCAUUUAUAUUCCUGAGAGGUGAAAAUGGGGAGCUGCGUGUUGGAGUUAGGAGGCUGAUGAGACAGCAAAAUAACAUGCCUUCAUCUGUUAUAUCAAGUCACAGUAUGCAUCUGGGUGUUUUGGCCACUGCAUCUCAUGCAAUUGCCACUGGAACUCUGUUUUCUGUAUUUUACAAGCCCAGAACAAGCCGAUCGGAGUUUAUUGUGAGUGUCAACAAGUAUCUUGAAGCUAAGAGUCAUAAGUUUUCGGUUGGGAUGAGAUUCAAGAUGAGGUUUGAAGGCGAUGAAGUUCCUGAAAGAAGGUUUAGCGGUACAAUUGUUGGGGUUGGAGAUAAUAUCUCACCUGUCUGGGCUGAUUCUGAGUGGCGCUCAUUAAAGGUUCAAUGGGAUGAACCCUCUUCAAUCUUGCGACCUGAUAGAGUUUCUCCUUGGGAAUUGGAGCCACUUGUGAAUACCACCACUCCGGCAAAUUCCCAACCAACCCAAAGAAACAAGAGGGCACGUCCUCCCCUCCUACCAUCAGCAGUGCCUGAUUCUUUGCAAGGUGUCUGGAAAUCAGUUAAUAAAUCUCAGCCAUUCUCUUAUGGUGAUCACCAACAUGCACGAGACCUCUAUUCAUCAUCCAAGUUCAAUCCUACUGCUGCUAACUUUCUAGGUAUUGGCGGGAACAGUUCUAUGGGUCCUGUUUCUAAUAAUGCAACUUAUUGGUCCAAUAGAGCGGAGAACUCUUUGGAGACAAUGGCCCCUAAAGAAUCCAGUGAAAAGAGACAAGGCACUGGAAAUGGCUGUAGGCUCUUUGGGAUCCAGUUACUUGAGAAUUCUAAUGUAGAAGAAAGUGUGUUGCCGAUCACAUUGUCAGGAAGAGUAGGAGAUGAUAGGUCUUCUCGAUAUGCUGUUGCUGAAUCUGAUCGGCAUUCAGAACCAUCAAAUGUUAAUUGUGCUGAUGUUCCUUCAGUAAGUUGUGAUGCUGAAAAAUCAUGUUUGCAGUCUCCCCCUGAAGCACUAGGCAGGCAAAUAAGAAGCUGCACAAAGGUUCACAUGCAAGGGAUGGCUGUUGGAAGGGCUGUGGAUUUGACUAGGUUUGAUGGAUAUGAAGAUCUGCUUAAGAAAUUGGAGGAGAUGUUUGACAUCAAGGGUGAGCUUUGUGGAUCCACUAAAACUUGGCAGGUUGUCUACACCGAUAACGAAGAUGAUGUGAUGAUGGUCGGAGAUAUUCCAUGGAAUGAGUUCUGUGGUGCUGUGAGGAAAAUUUUCAUUUACACCAUAGAGGAGGUGAAGAAGCUUUCGCCCAAAGCACUACUUUCAUUUGGUGAAGAAGCUAAAACAGGCAAGCCAGACUGUGAAGCAGCAGUUAAUGCUGAGGACCAGGAUCAGUCGUCUAUUGUGGGGCCUGGUUGUUAAUACUUUUAGGAUUUACACCCUAGUUGUUAUAUACAAUAAAACUUGGUAUGGAAGUAGGAACUAUUGAGAGAAAAGAGAUUGAACUUGGCAAGCAUUUCAUCUUGGCCUCUAGAAGGGCAUGUCACUGGUGUACUGUGCUUGGGUGCUGCUGCCAUAGCGUCGUCUACUGUCUAGCUGCAACAUGAGGUCGGUUUUAGUAUGCUUCCGUUUGAUCCUCCUUAGAAGUAGCCUUGGUUAUUGUGGGGCGUUUUUUAAUAAUUUUUUUAUUCCCUGGAUUUUGGCAAGUGUUUCAUGGCCCUUGCUUGUUCAAUUUUGAAUGAGCUGCCAGCAUGAGGAAAUGUGAGUAUGCCUGUGUUCAUAUACAUUGUGAAUGGCUUUUGUCUUUUUCUUCACCGUCUUUUGUUUUUGGCUUAUUUACUUCUUGUUAUGCCCUCUCAUUUUUGUAUAUAAACAUAUAAUCCUUGAAUUUUAGUUAAUGUAUGUAUAUUGAGCCAUUUUUUCCCCUUGAGAA